GCGACGGGGCAGCUGGAAGAGAUCUUCCAGGACCCGUCCCAUCGUGAAAGCAUCGCUGAGAAGAAACUCAGUGAAAUUACAUCUUCGAACGAGGAGAAGGCCAUGCUGGAAUCCACAGCGAGCACCUGUUCCCCAACGCUGCAGAAGCCCAGCUGCGGCCAAUGCUUCUGCGAGGCAGAGAAGCUCUACGUUGAUCCCAACGACCUCAACCGGUACUGCGAGAGUUGUUGGGUGGAAUACUACGGCAAUCCUCCGCAGAGCAAUUCUUCUGCCAACGCCUUGGUUCCAGUGGAGGCUUGA